UUAGUUUUUGCGACAGCGGAAAAAUAAUUAAUUCCAUCAUACUUUGACCACCACACGACACCGCUCAUAGUAUUUAGCGCAUGUAAUUUGCCGAUUAUAAAUACAUACACACGUUGUACGUACUGUACGUGCAUACAUAUGCACACAAUGGAAGACGGAAUUUCAUUUGGAUUGAUUUUACCGGAAAAUGCUAAAGACGUUGCUGAUUUUUUGCUGUCUAAUUUUUUUCCAAACGAGCCAAUAUCCCGAGCACUAGAACUUCCACCUAAUCAAGUUCAGCGAUGGUUUACACCCACCAUUAUUGGCAGUGUCCAACAAGAAUGCUGCAUUCAAGCGAUUGACAUAAAAACCGGUCAAAUUGUCGGAGUUGCAAUUAACAUUUUAGUCGAGAAAAACUUGCAGGAACCAGAGUCUGUAGGGGAAGGAAGGGGGCUGUUAGACCUUCUUGAUGUGACGGAACCUGUGAUGGUUGAAAUUGCUAAAUUCCUCGGCUUCCUCAAUCAAGUUCCAAUGCAAGUUUAUAAACCCGGCAUGGACACUGAUGGACGGGUUAGGACGGUGAAUUGUGUAUACCUGAAUGUUCUCCCUGCAUAUUGUGGAAAAGGGAUCGGCAAGACACUGGUUGAUAAGUCUGAGGUUAUUGCAAGAGAAAAAAAUGCUGCCUAUAUGCAGGUGGAUACAACUUCAGAAUUUUCGUACCGCAUAUUUAAUCGGUGUGGAUUUUCUGUCAUUCGAGAAAUACCAUUGGCAGGACAUCUGAGGAAUAUUGAAAGCAUAGAUAAUGGUGUUCAUAAACAGGGAAGGAUAUUGCUAAAAAAGAUACGUCCUUGAAGUACAAAUAUUUCACAAGACAAAAUCGGCAUCGUUUCUCCCAUCG